UUCUGCGCGCGCGCACGCACACACGCGCGCGCGCACACACACACUCACACACGCACACACACUUGCCCAGAGACAAACUUAAGGUGAGGGGAAGGAGCGCUAGCUUCAGUUGAUCUCCAGGCUCCAACUUCAGAAGGACUUGAGAGCAUCUGAACUUCUGGAUUUUAGGACAAGUGAAGAAGAUUCUUUGGGCUAAAAAGAUGAAGAGUCUACUUCUUCUGGUGCUGAUUUCAAUCUGCUGGGCUGAUCAUCAUUCAGACAACUAUACUCUAGAUCACGACAGAGUUAUUCACAUCCAAGCAGAAAAUGGCCCCCGUCUCCUCGUGGAAGCAGAACAAGCCAAGGUGUUCUCACAUAGAGGUGGCAAUGUUACACUGCCAUGUAAAUUUUACCGAGACCCUACUGCGUUAGCCUCAGGAACCCACAAAAUCCGAAUUAAGUGGACCAAGCUAACUUCAGAUUACCUCAAGGAAGUGGACGUUUUUGUUUCCAUGGGAUACCACAAGAAAACCUAUGGAGGCUACCAGGGCAGAGUGUUUCUGAAAGGAGGCAGUGACAACGAUGCUUCUCUGGUGAUCACAGAACUUACCCUGGAGGACUAUGGGAGAUAUAAGUGUGAGGUGAUUGAAGGAUUAGAAGAUGACACCGCUGUGGUAGCGUUAGAUUUACAAGGUGUGGUAUUCCCUUAUUUUCCACGACUCGGGCGCUACAAUCUCAAUUUUCAUGAGGCACAGCAAGCUUGUCUGGACCAGGAUGCUGUAAUUGCCUCCUUCGACCAACUGUACGAUGCCUGGCGGAGUGGGCUGGACUGGUGCAACGCUGGCUGGCUCAGUGAUGGGUCUGUGCAGUAUCCCAUCACGAAACCAAGAGAGCCCUGCGGAGGCCAGAACACAGUGCCUGGUGUCAGGAACUACGGGUUUUGGGACAAAGAUAAAAGCAGAUACGAUGUUUUCUGUUUUACAUCCAACUUCAAUGGCCGCUUCUACUACCUGAUCCACCCCACCAAGCUGACCUACGACGAAGCGGUGCAGGCCUGUCUCAGUGAUGGUGCUCAGAUCGCCAAAGUGGGCCAGAUAUUCGCUGCCUGGAAACUCCUGGGAUACGACCGCUGCGAUGCAGGCUGGUUGGCAGACGGCAGUGUCCGCUACCCCAUCUCCAGGCCAAGAAGGCGCUGCAGUCCCACCGAGGCAGCCGUGCGCUUCAUGGGCUUCCCAGACAAAAAGCAUAAGCUGUACGGUGUCUACUGCUUCAGAGCAUACAAUUGAGCGUGCCCCCCGAGCGCGGCGGGUUUAGUCAUUAAGAACAUGUGAAAGGUUUUUUUUUCCAAUAUGAACUCAUGCAAGUUACCAAAACUGUGAUAACCCUUUUUUACUUACUGUAAAGAGUCAUUUUCAUAAAGAUCAAUUCAUUAA